AUUCCUGGCCAACCAUGCUAUAGCCCUCACAUCCUCUUCCUUCUGAUUUGAGAUUGCGGUGGAGAGGAAGAGGAGCUGCUGCAUCCUGGAUACGGGAGCUAUCUGAAAGGGAAGACAUGACCCAGAUAUGUCUGCUAGCUAGCUACCUAGCCUUGGUGCUUCAAAUUGUGCUAGAACUGCAGCUUUCCUCUGCAGUGACUGCAUUGUGAUCCCAAUGCCAGAGGAAGGAGGAGGUAGGCUGUGUGGGUUAUUGAUGUACCAAACAUCUCAGAGGGCUGAUCAAAGCUGGACCAGGGGAGGGCUGGUGCAGGACAGAUGUGUCGCUGUGGGGAAUCACCUGUUUGCGUGUGUCGAUGUGGACGUCCUGAGCUGCUGGGCAGGGCAGUGGGUGCGGUGUGAGGCGGACAUGGGAAACUGGGUUAAAUUCCAGGCAUUCUCCUACAUCUGAAGCCACACUGUUUCUGGUUUGUCUUUUCUACAACUUAUCUUACAUCUUGUGUGUGUGAGCGAGUCCUUUGCCAAGCCUACUGGCUAUGGAAAAACAAUUUAACUGGAUUUAAUUUGUCGCCCCCCUCCUCCUCCCCACCCACUCCUCCUCCUUCCUCUUCCCUCCUUCCCCACAGUUAUUUCUUGCGUCUGGGAGGUUGGGGGAAUUCAGCUUGUUUAGUAACUCCGUGCCGAGUCUGAUGUAGCUUUGGAGGUUAGACAGGCCCAGUUUCAUGGCAGCUUAAAGGCCUCGAAUCAUGUCGGCAUCAUCACGAGAGAGUAAACAAUUUCCAACUGAUUUAGAAGAACGUUUUCCAGGCCACAUCAGAAACCGAUGUAGAAGUGUCGCUCGUAUCCUGGCUGCCUUUAGAUCACUCUGGGCUCUUUGCUCUAAAGGGUUAAUAAGGCACAAUGAAACCAGUUGCCUAGAGCCCUGACCACUUUUUUCCAUUCUUGCUGGAAAGUUUCCAGUGCUAUUUAUAUGAAACCUCAGGCCCCACAAUCAAGAAACCCACUUGGCCGGGAUCAAGUAUUAUCCAUUAUCCCGAAGUUCAGCUUCACUCAAAGAGUACUGCAUUAAAAAACCAUCAGAAAUGGCAAAGACAUGCUGGAAUCGGUGGUCCGUAUCAUCUCUGUGGACACAGAACAAUCUGCAGCGAGCAAGUAGGCAACAUGUACAAGUAGGCACCAUUGAAAUCAAUCCACAUGACCUAACGACUGUUGUAUAACCAAAGAAAAUAUUACAGCACAUCUAAUCUGCCCCGGCUCUGAUGGAUGAUGUGUAGUAAAAGACUUUUUUUGUGACCAAAUAUGUGAAAAGAACCAAACUCUUUUUUCUUUUCAAAUCCAUGUUCAGAGGGACUGGUGUUUAGCUUUGACCAUAAUAUCAUCAUAUUUUAAAGUGAGUUUAAUACCGGUAUGAUUUACAGAAGCCUUGAAGGCGUAGCCAAAGUGUUUGGCUCUGGGUGAGUGAGUGGUUUUAGUGAAAACUACAACUUAAGAACUCUAUACUACUAUUAUUAUUUUCAAUUUUCUGUGAGUAUAAGCUGUUUAAUGUGGUCUUAUUAAAACACAAUCCCAGAAGAGGGCAGUCAAAGACACAACUGAACCCAUCAAACAUCUACAGCUUAUCAGGAGACACAAAUACACAAAUACAGUGCACGGUUGCUCGUUUAUUCACACUUUAAUAAAGGUUUAUAAUAAAAGAGGAUGGAUUUGCCUUUCCUUGUUUCUGUCACAUAUUCACUGUUACAACACUGGGUUAUAUCUGUACAUGUUAAACAUGGUAAACAUGUCCAAAGUUAAAAAAUGUGUGGCUCAGAGGAUGAAAUUUGGGUGAACUUACAUAGUCAUCCUAGUGCUGCCUUCUUUUUACCAGGGGCAGUCAAUCAGAAGACAGCUGGGUUUCAGGGGGAGGAGCCAAACUGACUUAUUUCAAACAAGAUGAAGUGACGGGCUUUAAAACAGAUUAUUUUAAACUAUUAAUCAUGCAAAGCUGCUCUAACAAAGUCAAAUGAUAAACAUAUGAAGCUAGAAAUGAGCCUCAGAGGUUCCCUUUAAUUAACUUCUUUAUGCUCAUUUAUGUUUUGUUUUAAUCUGCAAAUCAAACGCGUGUUGUGUUGUAGCUACUUUUGGCUCAUUGUUAGCUAGUACCCUGGUGUCCAUAGGGGUGAGGUAUAAAAUAUUAAUCCCUGUAGAGUUACUAUAGAUGCCAAAAAAAAACCCCACACCUUUAAAACAGGUGAUAAAUUCUGUGGUAAAGUUGGAGAUUUAACACGCGAGUCUGUGGGGACCCACUCACUUUCAGCAGGCCUCAUGUGGCCACCAGACGACCUGCAGCCUUGGUGGCCACUGCCUGUUUUCCACUUGGAUCAUCAGACUGCAGGAUACACACCUGCAGUGUGUGUCGGCUCCUGGACAGAUGUGCAUCUAUCUCGUGGGCGUGACUUUUACAGUGGGCGUGUCCGGAUGUCCCGAUGUCAGCUGCUGAAUUCAUGUAUCAGGAUAAAAGCUGAUUUUGGACCGGGUGUCAGUGCCGUCACUGCGCCCCCCUCCUCUUCCUCCUCCUCCUCCUCUCAGCAGACGGACGCAUCCAUGGAGAUCCCGUGCAGCCGUCCUCAGCAUUACCACUUCCAAAACCACAUUCCAACAUGACAUAAGACAGACCGGCUUUUCUAAGCAGCAGCUCGAAACCUUUUGGUCCGUUUCUUUCUUUUCCUUUCUUUUUCUUUUCCUCAGCAUCCCAUUGGCGGUGCCAAUCUUAACUUUCUGCCCGCUUCCUCUCUCACUUCUUUACCCGUCACCGGGAGAGAAGUCAGUUCCCCGGGAAUUAAAGGAGGUCGUUGGGUUUUUCUUCUUUUCCUUUUCGCUUCUUUUUGGUACUUCUUGGAUGCGCAUGGAUGUGGCGGAAGCGGGGACGUCUCUGCCGGGUAUCCGACUUCGGAAUCAGGCGAAGCAAGUGAUGCCGAACCAGAAGAAGGUGAAAGCGCGGCGGAAACGGCGAAAGGAGCUGGUUUUAAUCCAGAUCUGCUUGUUCGGCGGUUUGCUCCUGGUCGUUAAAGGGUUUUCCUCCUUAGCGGAAAAUUCAGGUUUUGAUGUUUCCAGCCACAGCAGUGAGGACCAGGAGAGGUGGAUCGGAAGGAGGCUGCUGCAGGACACAGACAACAACAGCAGCAAGAAGACAGGGAAGAACUGCACUCCUCCAGCUCUCCAGGAGUUCCCUACGGACCUGUUCACGAACAAAGAGAGGACAGAAGGAGCCGUGGCGUUGCAUGUCCUGUGUACCAUAUACAUGUUUUGCGCUCUGGCCGUCGUCUGCGAUGACUACUUCGUCCCCUCCCUGGAGAAGUUAUGUGAGCGUCUCAAUCUCAGCGAGGAUGUCGCAGGUGCGACCUUCAUGGCCGCUGGCAGCUCGGCUCCGGAGCUCUUCACAUCCAUCAUAGGAGUUUUCAUCACCCAUGGCGACGUCGGCGUCGGGACCAUCGUGGGCUCAGCCGUCUUCAACAUCCUCUGCAUCAUCGGCGUGUGUGGCUUCUUCGCCGGCCAGGCAGUGAAGCUGUCUCACUGGGCUCUACUCCGAGAUUCGAUUUAUUACACGUUUUCUGUCACUGCCCUCAUUGCGUUCAUCUACGAUGAAGAGGUGUGCUGGUGGGAAUCUCUUGUCCUGAUCCUGAUGUAUGCAGUCUACAUCCUCAUCAUGAAGUUCAACGGCCGGGCCCAUCGCUACUUCGACCGUCGAAAGAAGGGCUCGGUGAAUCUGGCCAAUGGGCUCACAGGAAGCACUGAUCUGGAGGAUGUCACGUGUGACGCCACUGCAGUCCUGCUUAAAAAAGCGAACUUCCACUGCACGCCGUCUGUGCUGAUGGUGGACGAGUUGCUGUCUGCCUACCCCCACCAGCUGUCUUUCUCUGAGGCCGGCAUGAGGAUCAUGAUCACCAGUCAUUUCUCCCCGAGAACCCGCCUCACCAUGGCCUCUCGGAUGCUGAUCAAUGAGAGACAAAGACUGAUCAACACCACGGAGACUCGAGUCAAUCGCAUCACGAAUGGUGACUCUGAGUCUGCAGCCAGGGCUCAAGGGAGGCGGGGCCUAGAGAAUGGGAUGGGUGGAGCCGAACAGGGUGUGAACGGGAGGUGCAGACUUCAGCGCCUGGAGAAUGAGGCGGAGAAUGAAAAUGAGGACAACGAGAACAAUGAGAAUGACGAGGAAGGAGAGGGAGAGGAUGACAAAGAGGGCCCCCUGGUGCCCUUUAAAGUUCCAGCGGGUGUGUGUAACAAGCUCAAGUGGCUGAUCAUGUGGCCGUUGUCCCUGCUUCUGUUCUUCACGGUGCCCAACUGUGCCAAGCGCCGCUGGGAGAGGUGGUUCAUGGUCUCCUUCCUCACAGCCACCAUCUGGAUCGCCGGCCUCUCGUACAUCAUGGUGUGGAUGGUGACUGUGAUUGGCUUUACUCUGGGCAUCCCUGACGUCAUCAUGGGCAUCACCUUCCUCGCAGCGGGCACCAGCGUCCCAGACUGCAUGGCUAGUGUCAUAGUGGCUCGCCAAGGUCUGGGAGACAUGGCCAUCUCCAACUCCAUAGGCAGUAAUGUGUUUGACAUCCUGGUGGGUCUGGGCCUGCCCUGGGCGCUGCAAACGCUCUGCAUCAGGACGGGCUCCACCAUCGAACUUAACAGCAGAGGACUCAUAUACUCCGUUGCACUCCUGCUAGCCUCAGUAUUCUUCACAGUCCUCGGCGUCCAUUUGAACAAGUGGACUCUGGACUGGCGACUGGGCUUGGCCUGCCUCAUCUUGUACGCCAUCUUUCUCUCCUUCUCCGUCCUCAUCGAGUUCAACGUUUUCACUUUCGUCAACCUCCCCAUGUGCCGAGACAUCCACUGACCCUCCCGCCUUCUCCUUCUCUUCUUCUUCUUCUUCUUCUAAUUCUUCCUCUGGCUGAUGGGGGAACCUCACCUGGCUUCCAGUUUCAUGGCGCCUCCAAACAAAGUCCUACCUAUUACUUAUUAGAAAAAUAGAGUUCUGUAUGAUUUAUAUUUGGUGCAAUACACACAAGUGGCGGAGAGAAGGACGUCGGAUGUUUUUGGGGUUAUUUUCUGGAGGCGCGAAGAGAAAGUGCCAGCGGCGGGAUUGCUGCCAAUCAUGUAUAAUGAACCAAAACGUUGGCUGGAGUGAACUUAACUGUAUUAACGCCGACAAUUAGGCUACUGUUGGUGAACAAGCUGCUACUGUAACUGACUGACUGAGGCGAGAAAAGAGAGAAGUCAGCGAUUUUUAGCUGGAUUGUUUGUUACUCUUUCUACAAGUUUGGAUAUAAAGCACAUGAUUAAGGUAUUUUUAAGCAAAAACUGGCUUUCUGUGUAUAUAUUAGAAGUACUUCUAUCAGCUUUUGUGUGGAAUUCUCUUAUGCACAACUGGAUCGGUCUUGCAAAGCCGAAAUAUUCUGUGUUUUCCUUUAGGCUCAAAACGCUUCAACAUGUCUCCUACCAGCCCACACAGCAUGCUGUAACAGCCACAGCUCUAGCUUUGCACUGUCACAGAGAACCUAGAUAUUUAUCACAUGAAGUCUGCUCUUGGCUGUUUUGUUUUUGUUUGUCGUACCUGAGUAGAUGUGGGCUUUAAAUGUUCCCACACAAUGAAAGGGAUCUACCUGGAACUGACAUCCAGCACCGUCACUUUAUGGAUUAGAGAUUUAUUUCUUUUAAUAUUCUAUUGCAAAGUGUCUACAGGUAAACAUGUAACUACUGAAGUUAAACUUCCCUGUAGGCGGUAGACCUCUCGUACUUUAUUGAAAGGGUUAGCUUUUAGUCUCAGUCGAGUGUAACGUUAUUUCUUAAAGCCAAAAGUAUUUUUAGAUUAGCCGAACUUGUAGAUUUGGACUUACGAGUCGAAUGCACAGUGUGUUUGUGUGUGUGUGUGUGUGUGUGCGUGAGUGAGCGCGUGCCACAAUCUGGAGCAGAUGCAAAGCAUGCCGAGGAUGUAACUGGGAAGACGUAAUCGUGAUUUAUUUAUGAAUUAAUUUAUUCGAAGAUCACGUCUGACCUCCAGUUUCAGCCUUUUGGAUCGUGUACAGUGAUUUCAGUGGAAGCUGUGUACAAUGUACUGUACCUAAUAUAUAAUCUAAGUACUGGAAACUGACUUGAUGUUGUUUAUAUUUAAGAAUAGAACUUUAUAAUUUAUAAGUUUUGUAUAGUUUGGAAAUAUUGCAUUUGUAUUAGUUUAAACACAGUGGAUUUGAAGACAAAGGAUGAAAAUGUCGCCCUCACAUGUUAAAUUAGGGAUGAGAUGCAGAUGUAAAGGAUUUCUUUUCAGGAAAAAGGAAACACCAGACUUUGAACUUUCACGACAGUGCUUCAAUUACCGUCUCUUGUAUUUGAGGCUCGUGGCUGUUCUCCUCUGCGUAUUUGAGCACCACUGUUAGAACAUUGUCGCCACUCUGUUUCAGCAUGUGUUCAAAGAAAAUGUGGACUUUUUAUUCCAGUUUUUGAAUCUGAUCAAUUCAAAGCAUCCUGCAGUCACAGGAUGGCGCUGUAGAGCUGCGCUACGCCUCCAGAGAGGCUGCGGUUUGGGUACGUGGGGGGAUAUUUUCAGGUAGGCUACAUAGUGACAUAUACUGUUUGGUUUUGCAUGCCUCUUUCAUAGUUCUGAUUAUUUUGUGUGUAAUUUUAAUGCAACAUCUAAAAGGCACUGUCUUGAUUAUGCUGUACAUAUCAGGAGGAAUAUGCUAUCAUAAAUGCAGGUGUUGGAAGAACUUCUGAUGAGCAGUUAUAUUUGAGAUAUAUACAGUAUUUAGGAUGUAGGCCUACAGCACUUAGUUUCAGCUAAUUCUUGUCAUUUUAUGCUCAUGUCUGUUGACUUGUUUGUAAAUCCUCAUUUUUGUUGAUGAGGACCUCUGGGCAGGGACAGACAGACACGUUCACCUUGUUCCCAGUGAUCUUCUUGCAAUAAAUUGAUUUA